UCAACAUUAAAGAUCUUUGCGCUGCCAAAGACGCUGUAACUACAUCCGGGUAACUGUGGUGACCUUGGUUAGUUGAUCAUCAUGGCGGCUAUCGUCAGGUUGAGUUCUGUGUGUCGCAGAGGAGUCAAACCUCUGUUUUAUCAAAGCACUUUGCUGGCCAGGCCGCUGGUCGUACCAUACAAACACCAGGAGCAGCCGUACCAGCUGACAGCGAGGAUUCAUUCGUCACAGGCUCUCUACGCGGGUUCUGGCUCUAAAGCUGCCUCCCUGCACUGGACAGCAGAGCGAGUACUGAGCAUCCUGCUGCUGGCCCUGGGACCUGCAGCGUAUUUUAGUCCUUCGCCGGUCAUCGACUAUUCACUGGCUGCUGCCCUGACCCUACAUGGGCACUGGGGUGUCGGGCAGGUGGUGACAGACUACGUCCACGGUGACACAAAGAUCAAGAUUGCAAACGCAGGUCUCUUCCUCUUGUCCACGGUCACCUUCGCCGGUCUUUGCUACUUCAACUACAACGAUGUAGGCAUCUGUAAAGCCAUCGCCCUGCUGUGGAGCAAAUAAACAUGACUGUGGACUGGUUAAGUUUGGAGGACCGAGACACUAGGACGGGAGAGAUCUGGUCCUGGCUGAUUGUAAAAAUAUAAGGUGUUCUAUGUAAAUUCUUAUAAAUAUAUCAUUUUGACGAUAUUACAGCGAUUCACAAGUGUGUAAUUGUAAUUAUGCCAAUCAGUUCAGGCUUGUCUAUGUGAUAAGUUCCUACUCAGUUUAAACAACAGGUGUCUGUUUUUUUUACCAUGAUGAGGGAGUUAAGCCUCUGUUGGGGUCAAUGUAGGCUGAAUAUGAGUUUGGUUUUCCUGUAGAUUUUGAUCCUUAGCUUGUCCAGUUAUUUAAAAAUGUCAACACCAAUUCUACAAAAACGACAAAUACUUACAGGGGGACAUCCAUGUUUUCACAGCAGCUACAGCUUCUUUGAAAGAAGCUGUUUGACAGCUAAUUUAUUGUUUUCUUGUAACACAUUUGUUAAAUGUUUUGAUCACACCAUGUACAUAAUACAUUUUCUUUACACCCAUCAGGAAGAACAGAGCACCACAGAUUACAUCAGUGUUUGUGUCACAGUUCUUUCUACAUGUUAACCCCAUUCACUAAUGAUUCACACACAUGCGGUCCACUUGUUUCCUGUUUUUACUCGCAACAUAGGAGUACUCUGUUUAUGACCGACAGGUGCAAACACAGUCAUAUACCUAAAGCGAGGGCUGAAACCUGCUCUAUUAGUCAUGUGUGCAGCUCUGUGGUUUAUGGGGAGAGCAGAGCAGAGUGUAUCUAAUUCUAUUUAUCUGUUUAAUCCAAGGAAACUGAGGAAAGGGUCACUGCAUCAGCCUUUUUGUGCACUGGUGCCAGAUUUGCUUGCCUCUUGCAAGCCCUACAGUAAUACAGUAUCUAUGUUGUUUCAUGUAUGAAAGUGCUUCAGAAAUACUUAAAAAUAGACAUGAGGUGAUAAAAGGCGAUGCUUAAUCUUACUGUGUUUUUCCCUUUUUUGGGGGUCUCCAAACAGAUUACAACUCUGUCAAGCAGCUGGUCUUUUUUAAAAUUGUGUUACCAGCCUGGGGAAUAUAUCUGAAAUUGAUCUGAUAGCAUUUACUCUGGAGUGAUCAGCCUUCAUUGUCAAAAUAAACAACUACAGCCCCUCAAAUGUACUGAUUUCAGCUAAAUUAUCCUAUUAAAAUGCCAACUGUGGGGCUAAGAGAACAGUGUAAUAAUCAACAUGGAAGGGUGUGUGUUUUGAAGGGUUUAGCUUCAAAGGUUGUAUUUUUUGAGUAUACUAAAAAUGCCUGAAAUGAAACCUUUUACAAACUUCAUUAUGCCACUGUGAAGGAAUACACCACUCUAAGAUUAAAGCCUAAACAUCACGUUAUGUUAUUUUCCUCUGGAUGCAUUUUUCAAACAUAAAACAAAUCCGAUACGAUGUGACUUAACUUUACAGUGAUCCUUUCUUCUUCUCAGUUUCUGUGGUUCAAUCCCAACAGAUACCCGUCUUCCGCUCUAUCAAAGGUUUGUGUAAAAGCGUAGGGAGGGGAUCUGAAGUGCAUCAUACAGUCAAGCCAUCCACCAUGCAUACACACCAGCAAAUAAAGUCUAGUGUGUACUUGUAAGGAAACCGUGUGUACUCCUCAGCAGGGUCUGCUGCAAAAUGCCGUCCUCUGCCAGUAAAAUAUCACUGAAGACAUCAAAAUAAAGACAUUUGGAACUAAUUGGGUUGUGCUGUACAUCAUAUUUAAAUUACAGACUGCUUUCACAUACAAAUACAUAUUAAAAGAAAUCAUAAAAAUGAUUGAAAAUUAAAACUUUGAAAACACACAAAAAAAUUUAAUAGCAAAGCCUUUAUUGCAGAUGCAGUUUCAUAAAAAGAAAACAAAAUGGCUUUUGAUGUCAUUCUGCUUUUGUUGAACAUUUACUUACAGCCUUAAUAGCUAUACACACAGUCCUUGCAUGCAGCUAAAUAUAAUGGCAAAAAUCAGCAUUAUAAGUUUAAGUAUUUUGCUACAUUCAAUCUGUUGUCAGUUUGUUGUCUGUUUGCUUCAUACAUGAGUUAUCCAAUUGUAAAUCUGUUUAAUAAAUGUCAUCUCCGAUUAUACGCACAAAAAGAGAUGUGGAAAGAUAAUGUUCUGUUCCUGCAGCAGCAGAAUAAAGUUGGCUUUACAGA